AACAAGGAUGGAUAUUCAAAAGGGAAUACUACGUUCCUUAAUCACAGUUCAAAUGAAAGUUCAAAUGCAUUAGAUUUUGAAACAAAAAUAGUCUUGUUAAAAUGCGAUGGUCUUUUAGGUACAGUACUACAUUACUGUCGACAUCUAGUCUUUUUUUUCUUCAAAAACAUCUGCCUUAUUUGCAAUGGUCAUACGUAUAAUAUUAUAUGAUGUACGUUAUUUUCUUGUGCCGGUAUCUGACAGCAUUAAACUAAAUAUUUAGUAUAUCAGUAUAUGAGUAUAGUACAGGCGAUGUUUUAAAAAUUUUCAUAAGAAUCAUGCGGUAGCCUGGGUGUGAUUUUCAUUGUUAUCAAAAUAUCAAAAUGUCCGAUACAGAGGAUAAUACUUCUCCACGUGGAAGACGAGGCAGACGCUCCAUUAAAAGGAAACAAGAGAUGAUAUUCCAUAUCGAUCCGUCUGAAGUCUACCCACCGACAAAACAGAUUCACCAACUUACUGAUUAUGAAAUACAAGCAUACAAGGAAGCGUUUUGGAAGUAUGAUAAAGAUGGCAGUGGAACAAUUGAUGUUAAAGAACUGAAUGAAAUGUUGAAAAGUAUGGGACGCGAAAUACCAAUUAGCGACGUUCUUGAUAUUGUCGCUCAUUUUGACCAAGAUGAGAGUGGUGCUAUAGAUUUCCCUGAGUUUCUCAUAUUGAUGGCAAAUUUAAAACUUGGAAACGAAGACGAAGAAUACCUAGAAGCUUUCAAUAUCAUUGAUACAGAAAACAAAGGUGAGAUUGGACAUUCAGAGCUUAAAGCUUUUCUGGCCAAGUUGGAAUGCAAUAUAUCGCAAGAAGACUUAGAUUCCAUGAUUCGUAUGGCAGAUACAAAGGGCAAUGGAAAAUUACAUUUUAAAGAAUUCGCAGAUAUAAUGAAGGAGAUAUAACAACAAAGAAAAGACAACUACGGAGCAGUUAGGAAGACUAAACCAGUUACAGUUCUUCACCUUGUAUCGCUUAUGAUUAUAUUUUCGUUUUGUGUUGUAAAGUAAAUUUAUAAUUUUUCUGUGAGAAAAUCUUUGGAAGCAUAAAAUGCAAACAAGCUUUAUGAUAGUAGACUUGGUUUUGUUGAGUCUAUUCAUGAAAAGUAAAGAACACCAUAGCACCGGACCUCUAUCAUAAAAGAACCUUUAUGGACUUUAUUAUCAUAAAAGACUAGACUGAGUGCAUGGACGAGGAAAUAUGUUACAAUCGCCAACGUUUUUUUACUAUUAUGAUACAUGACACAUGAAUAAAUAUAGCAAAUGUGUUUAUACAAGAUUGUGUUGCAUGUCUUUGUAACUCGUAUACAGAUAAAAGUAAGUUUUG